CUUCUGAUAAGUUAUGUACCAGGUUGUUACGUAGACGGCCGUUUCAUCCAGUGUUUGGGGGGAUGCUUUUUUGACAGAGAAUGGCUUCUUUAAAAUCAGUGCUGGUUUAUUCCACCAAGGUGCUACAGACGCUCAGACCACAGUCACAUGUCGUUUACAUCAAGAGGACUUUCCUCCUGCCCAGACUGCCACUCUUCAAACGUGCAGAAGGUAAGUUCAUCACCUUUGGGCGACAGUCGAGCUCCACAGCAGCCGGAGUAGGAAAAGCAGAAGACUCUUUCUUCAAAUGGUUCCUGCUGAUCAUCCCUGUCACCACCUUUGGCCUUGGUACAUGGCAGGUGAAACGGCGUCAGUGGAAAAUGCAGCUGAUAAACGAGCUGGCUAGACUCACUACUGCAGAACCCAUUCCUCUUCCUCUCGAUCCUAAUGAGCUGAAGAGCCUCGAGUACAGGAGGGUGACAGUUCGCGGACAGUACGACCACUCACGGGAGCUGUACAUUCUGCCACGCUCACCAGUCGACCCGGAGAAAGAGGCCAGAGAGGCGGGCAGGCUGUCCUCAAGUGGAGAGACCGGCGCAAAUGUCAUCACUCCAUUCCACUGUACUGACCUCGGCAUCACAAUCCUGGUGAACAGAGGAUACGUCCCGAGGCAGAAGAUAAGACCAGAGACCAGGAUGAAGGGACAGGUGGAAGGUGAAGUAGAGGUUGUCGGGGUCGUUCGGCUGACAGAAGACCGCAAACCCUUUGUACCGAACAAUGAUGUGGAGAGAAACCGCUGGCAUUACCGGGACCUGGAGGCGAUGGGCAGCGUCACUGGAGCUGAGCCCAUCUUCAUUGAUGCAGACUUUGGGAGCACAACUCCUGGUGGACCAAUAGGUGGACAAACCAGAGUGACCCUGAGGAACGAACACAUGCAGUACAUGGUAACAUGGUACGGCCUGUGUGCAGCAACCUCCUACAUGUGGUAUGCAAAGUUCAUCAAGAAGAUGGUGUGAUUAAAUGAGUGACCUUGUAUUACAUAUCCUUUGUCUGAAUGUUGUCUAGUUUUAGAUUGUUCUCCUGAAUCAUGUUUGAGAAUAAAUAUAAUAUAA